GAAAUGAAAAUUUACAUUUCACAAAAAUGAGUUUUGAAAAAUUACAACACCGCCAGUUAGCAGGUCCAAACACAUUCCACACAUCGUAAACGCAUGAGCCAUUUUCAAUAGAGCCGCAUCGGUUUAUCACUGGUGGAUUUCCUACAGGGGUUGCUUAUGGCUUGCUGCUUUUGAAUUCAAAAAUUUAAAUAGUAGAAGCAAGAUGAAUUGAGUAGAAGAAGCAAGGCACAUUAAUAUGCUUUGAGUAGAAAUAGGUAUGUAUAUGUUAAAAAAACGCAUCGUACGACAGAGAUAUCUAUAUGAACGCAACAAAAGUUAGGUAUUCUUUUCUAAAGUACGAACGAUGCAGAAAACACUUGUUGACUAACUAGAAAGAGAUAAACAGAAAAUAAAUAAUUUGGUUGCUCCUCUACACACAAUCAUUCUAUCCCUUUUUUGUCAUGUACUAUGCCAAGUUAGGCUAUCUAUUUCGCUGAUGUGAAGUGCUAAUACAUUUACUUUGCAAUUUUUGCUGAUCAACUACCAACUCAAUCGCAGUGGUUCGGUAAACGAAAUAACAAAAGUUUUGAUUUUUUUUUUUUCAUACAAGUGAACGCGAUGUCAGGGCCUUUUAAAAGAAAACUAACAAUCCCAACGAGUUCCAAGGCAAUUAAAAUAACGCUGGAAAGGGACGCGCCACCAUUUGUUAUAGCUAGGGGCACUGCAGCGGCUACCGUAGUGCAUACACCAACAAACUUGGAAACCAUGGUACCAGCUGCCAAUAUAAACCAGACAAAAUACAACGUCGCUGGCUACACGGUUGGCGCAUACGCGACUGCGGUUACUACUACACCAUCAACAUCAACAUCAGCAGCAGCGACAACGUCAACUGGUCCAGUACGGCUGCCGCGGUCGAAAAUCAAACGAGUUGCGCUUUAUAGUGGUAGUGCUACAAAAAACGAUGAGGGGACAGCGCCAAGCCCGACAGUUCCCCCUCCAAAUAUAACAAAGGUAGUGGCAGCGUCAGCUGCAGAAGUGACGACGAAAGCAGCGGCAGAUGACAACGAUAGCGAUAACGAUGAAUUGCAUAUGCAGAAGAGCGACUCGGACGAAGAUGGGUAUUCGAAUAUCGAUUUUUUCGAUGACAAUUACCAACUUAUUGAAUCCGAUGAAUCCGUAGAUGAAUUCGAUCCAGUUUGGGGCCAUGCCUUAAUGCAGCCCAGCAAAGUUUUUAAUUUUAAUGGAAAAUGUCAAGAAAGCCUUACAGACGACUCCAUAUUUGAAAAUCCAAUUUCUUAUUUUGAUAUGGUGCUUGGGCCGAGGAGAGAGUUCUUCACAAAGUUGGCGAAUAGUUGUAGCACUCGUGCUGCAAAAACAAUCGCAAACAAUUCGGGUUUUCAUAGUUUCACAGCGAAAAAAUUGCAAAUAUUUAUUGGAAUUUGCUUGCAAAUGAGUUCAUUCAGAUUAUUUGAGAUAGAACAAUACUGGAGCGAAACCGAUCACUUUGGCUUUGACGGGUUCGGCGAUAAAAUGAGUUUGGAACAUUUCAGAAUGAUAUUGGAUGUAUUAAAUUUUGAUAUGUUUAAGAAGUCCUACAGUUCGGCUCGUAACCCUAAGAGUGGUAAAUUAGCAAACAUUCUUUCUGACAUUAAGCCUCUAUUGGACUACUUCAACAAGAACAUGGAAUCGGUUUACUCCUGUGAUCGCCGGUUAAUUUUAGGCGAACCUCUAAUAUACUGGAAAGGCAAAUUCAACUGGUUGAACGAAGUGCGGGACAAGUUUCGUUGUAACGCAGUCACUCUACACUUUUUGACUGAACCAUCUGGAAUGCUUUUAAAAAUAGUGCCCGAUUUAGAGGAGUCAGAACGAAAACAGUUUACUCGUAAUUCGAAAUCCCUUGCUCUUCAGCGGUCGGCAAUUGCAAUGGAUCUACUAAAGUCAAAAUUGGGAAAAGGUCACUUUGUUUAUGCUUCUAAAUACUACAGCAGCUAUGCACUUGCCUCGGCCUUGGCUAAACGACAGACUUAUUGCACAGGAUUUUUGGAUUGCAACCGUUAUGGCAAUAGCAAGGAGCUAAUACUAACAAGGCUAGACAAAGGAAGUGCAGUUGCCAGAUAUGCUGGCGACGUAUUGAUGGCAAAAUAUCGACAUCGCGAAAACAGUUUUUAUUUUUAUAGCACCAAUUGUGCAGACAUUUUUGCAAAUGGGGAAAAAUCUGAGGAAUCAUCUCUUGUGGAUGUAGUGAGAGAGCUGGAGACGCUUUUGUGCCCACCAUUGAAUAUCCGGUUAAAAAUGCAGAAUUGUCAAUUGUUAUUUCCUUGCGACGAAAUGAAGUGGGACAAACGAUUGAUGAUCUACGUGAUAAAUUUGAUUGUGUUAAACGCUUAUAUACUCUACAUGAAUCAAAUGAGUUUCAGAAACAUUCAAUCUCCUAUGCGAUACGAGAAAUUUCGAGAAGAAGUUAUAAAGUCAUUACUGAAUACAAAUUUGAAAAGCGAUCAUAUUAUUCUGAUUUUACCACCCAUCGAUGGCAAGGUUGCGAAAAAGAGAUGCCAGAUUUGUCGCAAAGGUGGUCUAACGACAUAUUCAAAGUAUUCUUGUAAAAUGUGUCCGGGAAUGCCGGGUUUAUGCGAAACGCCCUGCUUUAAGAUUUGGCAUGAUCAACUCAAGAAAUCGACGACGGCAACCAAACUUCGUGGAGCAACCCAACUAACUUAAGUACAUUAUGAAAAUUACGGAUAUCGAUAGUUUAGUAUAGAAAGACCUCAUGUAAUAUUUUUGUUUCUUUACAGUGUAGUUAAAAGAAAAAACUUAC